AUGCGGAACAGAACCGGUCUAGUGCUCUGUGCCCUUGUCCUCCUGACGGGCUUCCUGAUGAUCUGCCUGGGAGCCUUCCUCAUUUCCUCAGGAUCGAUGUUCAACUGUCGAGGGAACCUGAUCCUGGCCUAUAUGCUUCUGCCCCUGGGGUUUGUGAUCCUUCUGAGUGGAAUUUUCUGGAGUACCUACCGCCAGGCCAGGGAAAGCAAAGGGGUGUUCACGCACGUGCUCAGACGACACCUUGCUCACGGGGCACUGCCCCUGGCCACAGUCGACAGGCCAGAUUUCUACCCCCCUGCGUAUGAAGAGAGUCCUGAUGCGGAGAAGCAACCCUGUCCGGCAGAGGCAGAGGCCUCGGAUGUCCCUCCACCUGUGUACACAGAGAUGGGCCUUGGAUUCGAGGAUGCACCUGACGCCUGCCCAGAGGCCCCACCUUCCUACGAGGAGUCCGUGGCAGGCGGGGUGGCGACAGCCACACCAUUUGCAGGACGCUCAGGAUGCUGA